CAUUAGCGGGUCGAUGUCGAGCUGUUAGAUUGCACUAAAUAUUUCCUCCUUUUCUUUGCACUCGGCAUUCCAGCCGCAGCCGGGGCGCACGUCUGAAUCCUUUUUGCAUAUCUAUCCCCAAACGAACCGAGUGGCGAAACGCAUGAGCGGAGAGGACGCCUUUUGACCCGUUUACUGCGGCGAGACUGUGCCAAGGAGUCCGAACAGGUACCGCGAUGAUGAGCGUCUCACUGGAGCGUCGACAUCUCACCGCAUGAUGCCAGCUGGUCAAACCGGCCCAGUCUCUUUCCAAAGUCCUCACACCAUCUCCAGAUCUCCAAUACAGCACCAAAACACUGAAUUGUCUUGAGCGCUUCGGCCCAACUGCCCUCCACCCCAGGCUUUGGCGAGCUGGCUGGCAUCCAGGUGAUUUGAUGCGCCGGUUUGUCUACUGCAAGGUGGUCUUGACCACUUCUUUAGUCUGGGUGCUGGUGGAUGUUUUCCUCCUGCUUUACUUCAGCGAAUGCAACAAAUGUGACGAUCGGAAGGACCGCUCGCUGCUUCCUGCCCUCCGUGCUGUGAUAUCUCGUAGCCACGAGGGUCCCGGUGAGAUGGGCAAGUCUGUGAACAUCCCCAAGGAAGAUCACGAGAAGAUGAAGGAGCUCUUUAAGAUAAACCAGUUCAACCUAAUGGCCAGCGAUAUGAUUGCACUCAACAGGAGCUUGCCGGAUGUCCGCUUGGAUGGCUGUAAGACCAAGGUAUACCCAGACAACUUGCCAAAUACAAGCAUUGUCAUCGUAUUCCACAAUGAGGCCUGGAGCACAUUGCUGCGGACAGUCCAGAGUGUCAUCAAUCGCUCUCCCAAACACUUGAUUGUGGAAAUUGUGCUUGUGGAUGACUUCAGUGAGCGAGACUUCUUGGGGAAAAAGUUGGAGAACUAUGUGCGGCCUCUUGAUGUGCCGGUCAAGAUCCUGAGGAUGGAGCAGCGUUCAGGUCUCAUCCGAGCCAGAUUAAGAGGGGCGGCUGCCACCAAAGGUCAGGUCAUCACCUUCUUGGAUGCCCACUGUGAGUGUACUGUAGGUUGGUUGGAACCUUUGCUGGCUCGCAUCAAAGAGGACAGGACGGCAGUGGUAUGCCCUAUCAUUGAUGUUAUCAGCGACGAGACCUUUGAAUACAUGGCAGGCUCUGAUAUGACUUACGGUGGCUUCAACUGGAAGCUGAAUUUCCGCUGGUACCCUGUCCCCCAGCGGGAGAUGGAUCGACGCAAGGGCGACAGAACGCUUCCUGUCAGGACCCCCACCAUGGCAGGAGGGCUCUUCUCCAUAGACAAAACAUACUUUGAAGAAAUAGGAAGCUACGAUCCAGGGAUGGAUAUAUGGGGUGGAGAGAACCUGGAGAUGUCUUUCAGAAUCUGGCAGUGUGGCGGUUCCUUGGAGAUUGUCACGUGUUCCCAUGUUGGCCAUGUUUUCCGCAAGGCUACUCCUUACAGUUUCCCUGGAGGGACGGGCCAAGUUAUUAACAAGAACAACAGGCGGUUGGCAGAAGUCUGGAUGGAUGAUUUCAAAGAUUUCUUCUAUAUCAUAUCACCAGGGGUGAUGCGCGUGAACUAUGGGGACGUUUCCUCACGCAAAGCCCUCCGCGCAGCCUUGAAGUGCCGACCCUUCUCUUGGUAUCUGGAGAACAUCUACCCGGACUCCCAGAUCCCGAGAAGAUAUUACUCGCUGGGUGAAAUCAGGAAUAUUGAGACCAACCAAUGUGUAGACAACAUGGGACGAAAAGAAAACGAGAAAGUUGGCUUCUUCAACUGCCACGGCAUGGGUGGAAACCAGGUGUUCUCAUACACGGCAGACAAAGAAAUUCGGACGGAUGACCUCUGUUUGGACGUCUCCCGCCUCAACGGACCUGUCGUUAUGCUCAAGUGUCACCACAUGAAGGGCAAUCAGAUGUUUCAGUAUGAUGCCGAGUAUGUUGGCAAAUGGGAAUAUGAUUUUGAGAAGCACACCUUUCUGCACAUUAUCACCCAGUCAUGUCUGACCAUCAGCCGCCUUGAGGAUGGCACCUAUGGCCCCACUGUGGAGUACUGUAACAACAGUCCCCUCCAGGCCUGGACCUUGCACAACUUUACACAGAGACUCACCUUACUCCACGUGAACAGCAACCAGUGUUUGGACAUGCCAUUGGAAGAGGACAAGAUGGUCCUCACCCUGAGAGACUGCAGCGGGAGCCGUUCCCAGCAGUGGCUGCUGCGCAACAUGACUCUGAGUCUCUGAUUCCUCCGCCACUGUACCGUCGUGUCACCGAGUCCAGGUUCUCCACGCCUUCAUCAGGUGGCCCCAGCCUUACGUCUUUUUUGCUAAUUGCCUCCAUCGUCAGUUAUAGAGAACCCUGUAGCACCUAGUUAUCUUGCACUAUGGAGGAUUUUCCUUUUCCUGCUCACUUCAGGUUCAAGAGACGCUGCCCUUCAGGCUACCUAACAAGCUGCAGAACUGGCAAUUAAAUCUGCAGCUAGCUAUAAAAACACUGCUCGUAAAACUAGUGCGUGGCUACCGGAAAAGCGAAAGAGAGUGGUUAUUUAAAUGUACUGAUGUUCUGGUACAUUCCUUGUUGAUGUAAAAAUAAUUAAUCCUUCUUUGAUAUCGGGGAUUUGCAUUGAAGAGAAAUAUCUACCUUAUGUGGAACCAUGCGAUAUUGAAGGUAGAUGCCAAUGUCAAUAUUUGACAGUGCAAAAAAAAACUGCUAAUAAUAUAUUAGCUCAUACUUUUUAUCCUUAUUGUUAGAAUAUUCACAUAUUGAACAGAAAAUGUUUGGGUGUUAAGGAUUUUGAGAGUUGAGACCCCAAAGGGUAACUGCAUUACAGUAUGUGUUGUAAUUAAAGGGACAGACAACUCUAGUAUUAAUGACAUUGGGUAUGUUUACAUGGACACUUUUAGUUGGAUUAAAAGCCUGGUUGGAAUAAAAAUGCUUCAUGUACACACCCUAUUUGGAAUAUUCUAACCCGAUCCUGCCCAUUCUGACAAAAAAAUUCUAUUCCGAUUAACAGGGAUGGUUUAUGCUGAUUGAUAAUCAGCGCGCAUGUAAACACUUUAUACAUGAAUUUUGGAACAAACUGUCCUUACCUGUGACGUAGUAUACAGUGGGGCAAAUAAGUAUUUAGUCAACCACUAAUUGUGCAAGUUCUCCCACUUGAAAAUAUUAGAGAGGCCUGUAAUUGUCGACAUGAAAUCUGUGAUACUCCCAUUUGAUUGGUUAAAACUACGGUGGCUGAGAAAUGUCAUGCAAAAUGCAAAGUGCAAACACUGAGCAAAAAGUAAAAAGCACACACGAACACCAAUUGCAAGCGAUUUCCAAAAGAAAAAAAAGCACAAAUUUCGCAUUUCUGCUUUUUUUGUUGUUGUUGCUUUUUUUGCCGCAACACGAACCCCAAAUGUGCUCGCAAAACGAAGGCAAAUGAAAAACGCACAAAUGCAACUGCCACAACACCAUCCCCAAUUGCCAAAGCAUGAUUACAAAUUGGCAAAAGCACGAACCCCAAUUGCCACAACACAAAUGCAAAUGGCUCGAAAUACGACCGCAAGAAGCCACAGAAUUGAUGCAAGAAGACAAUCCGGAAGUAGACUAAACGUCUAUACUAGGACAGAUAAUGCAUCUUAUCCAUGCAAGAACUUACACGGAUAAGAUAGCCAGCUAAUAUUACCCGCCGCUUAAUAUAGACGAGUGUCUCCGUGCAACAAUUGAAUACAAAGGAAGUGACGUCAGGGAGCGUGCCAUCACCAUUUUAAUGCAGCAUAACUGCAUUGUAAACAAUGGAGGCAGACGAUCAAGAUAUGGCAUUCGUGCUCUUUUCUUUUCCACAGUCGUUGUUUACAGUUUUAUCACCUAGUGUAGAAAAGGUGUCAGGAACCUAUGUCUUCGUGCGUCAUUUCAGUCUCUUUUGAUGAGUGCAUAUUCUUCUCUGCCAACCCGUAAUUUUAAAUGUGGCCGGCUCGCUCGACUUGAACGAGCAGUGAUGAGCUGAUAAUCCAUUCACACAUUUUUCUUGAACCUUUAAAGGUACGUUGCAAUAAUAUGCUUUAAUACAGUGCCCAAUGGUGGUCCUCCCAUUGCGGAUUACAAGGAGAUGAGCGUUUUAUUACAGAGCUCGUCUCCCGUGUUAAAUCUCCAGUCAGCCAGCUGCGGGGCCGACCCCUACCAACUAAACGCCGACCGAACUGGAGUAUAUAAAAAUGCGCAGGGGCGUGAUCAUUUUUUUUUCAUGAAAUUUCCACCUGUCAAAACUGUCACCACUUCCAGGAUUGCCUCUGUUAUGCACAAGCACUCCUGGUUGCGGUUUCCACUUCCACGAAAUAUACGCAGUGCCACACAAUAUGUUUCUAUUUGUUAUUUUCCAAGUGGUGAGUGCGCAACUAAGCAUCGAUUAUAACAUCCCAAGUAACGAUGUCAGGCUUUCGUUGUUGUUUUCUAAAGAUUUAUUUCAAUCACAACUCGGCGACUGCUUGUAAAAUCCGAGCGUGCCCUCAGUCCCUUCACUCUAGCUCCUGCGUGAUGCGUUCAAAUGCGUUCAUGAAAAAAACUCCUGCUGCCGCGUAACCACAAGUUAUCACGUGACAUCCCCACAUGUGCAGAGCAUGAAAACGUAUGUUACAGAAAUUCACUCUCAAAUUCACACUUUGGUAUAUGGCGGAAAACACAGACAAGACUGAAAAAGCAGUUUCUGCUCUUGCACUCCUCUUCAAAAGAAACUGCUGUAUUAUAAGCCAAAACAACUGUUGUGUUUGAUAGAACAAUAUGUCUAUAUGCUGCCAUAGCAGAUUCAUGGCGCAUUCAACCCCUGAACUAUUUUUUAAUUUGUCCGUUUUACCCUGAAAACCCCCUUUUACAGACGUCGCACAACCGCUUUUGUUUCAACCCAGCCAUAAAACGAAUGUAAUUAAUUAUAUUUAUUAUUCAAAAUGUCUGUCGUUUUUAGCUUAGAAUCAUUCAUUAAUGUCUCAUAUUUCGUUUAAAAAAAAAGACUUAAAAAAAAUUAUUCACUCACAUAUUUUAAACUUUUAAACAAAUUAUUUCACAAUUAAAAAAAAUGGCAUCUGUAAAAAAGUCAUGGAUAUCUACCUCAUAACUAUAGCUUGAUUGUAUUUUUUUUGUUACUGUCGCAUUUUCUCCGAUAUGUUGGCUAUAUAAAUAAAUUUGAUUGAUUGAUAAAUAAUCGGUCCAAACAAAGAAAAUUUGCAAAAAAAAAAAAAAAAAAAACAUUUAAAAGGGUAAACAUAUGAAAAAGAACAUCUCGACCACUCCUUGAUGUCUGCGAUUUCUGCAUCGCGACCCUUGUUAUAUUAUUAUGUUUCACCCAUAAAAUCCCCAAAAAAUCCAGCUGUGGCCAUUCACAGCUGUGUCUUGACACUCAGUGAUACAUGCUACAUGGAGUUUUUGGAUCGAAACGAGGUGAAUACGCGAUAAUAUCUCAUUAAAGUCAUGGCGUCUGUAAAUCU